AUGAAAAAGAGAGAUGACUCAAUCGGCUUUAUUCUGCUGAGUCUAUUUUGGCUACGUAUCGUUUUUCUUUUUCUUUUCGUUUCCUGGAUUUUCUUUUCUUUCUUUUCUCUCAACUAUAUUAUCGCUUUCUUUUAUUCCCUUUCUCUUCCUUUCCUUUUCUUUUUGCUUCUUUCUUCGAAUCUCCUUUGCUUUCACAUUCCUCGUCUGGCACUCCUUUUUCCUCUUCCUUUCUGUUUCUUUUUCUCUUCGCUCGUGUUUAUUUUUCCUUGUGAUCUCAUAUUUUAUCUCUUUCCACGCAUCUACUCUAACAACGUUCUCGUUCUUUUUUCUUUUACUUCUUUCUGUCGAUCUCUUCAUCCCAAUCCUCAACGUCGACUCCUCCACCUCCUUAUUUUACCUUCGUUUACUCAUUCUUUUUUUUUUUUUUUUUUUGCAUAUUUCUUUCACCUCCUCAGUCACCAUUCUUCUUCUUCUUCUUCUUCUUCUUCUUCUUCUUCUUCUUCUCCUCCUCCUCCUCCUCCUCCUCCUACUACUACUACUACUACUACUACUACUACUACUCCUACUCCUCCUACUCCUACUCCUUCUUCUUCUUCUUCCUACCAUCUUUUUCAAUACAUUUCGUUGCUUCUUUCUUUUCUUUUCUUUUUUCAUAUUCGUUUAUAUCAUACAACCCUCAUACUAACACUUAACAUACCCUCUCAUCUUCUCCUCACAUUCCCUGAAUUCCCACAAUGCCCACCUCUUCCACUUCCUCGAACGGACCGAUAG